AUGGGGAAGAAUCUGAUAUUCUCCAACUUGCUCCGCUCGCUGUCAGAGGUCUUGCAGCCAGAGACGCAGGACACAGGGAGCCCCGCCGACGUGCGGAGGACCGGCGUGGAGGUCCGCCUUCUUGGACUGGCGCUGGAAGGCUUCUCCGUGCUUCUGAUGUCGCGCUUGCGGCUACAAGCUGUGUGCGGGCGGUGCAGGAAGCCGCUGGACUUCGAGGUGCCGAGCGCCGGGGGCACGGAGGCGUGCACCGCGCCGUGCGUCUGCCCCAUCUGCAAGCAGGAGCUCGCCCUGCGGGUGGCACCGGAUAUCUGCCAUGGGGGCUGCCCUACAAUCGCGCACGUCCUUGGCGUGAACUGUCACCCCGUGCAGUUCCUUCGAAGUGAUUUCCAGGGCACGUGCGACAACUGCAGCGAGGACGCCUGCAUCCGCGGCGCUGGCGCCGGCUACCGGAAGCGGGCGGAGUGCCCGAAGUGCUACGCGAAGCUGAACCUGGCCAUCGAGGGUGCAGAACUUCUGGGCCCAGCGGUCGAGCGGUGGCGCAAGAUCGCCGAGGAGGGGGGCGACCAGAUGAACGCGAGGAAGAGGCUGCAGGAGGCUCGCCGGCAG